AUGGAUGACGGAAAGCAGGUAGCUCUCGUAGUCGGCGCCUCCAGAGGCAUCGGUCGACAGGUCGCAAUUGACCUCGCAAAGAAUGGCUACACGGUCGUCGUGGCAGCAAAGACCACCAGCGAUGCGUCCAAGACCACGCCGUUCCCGCCGGACCCCAACUCGCAACAGUCGACGGUCAGCACAGUCGCCCGGGAGAUCCACGAAGCGGGCGGCGACGCGACCCCUAUUGCUGUAGACGUUCGCGACCAGGACAGCGUGGUACGGAUGGUCAAGCAGACGGUAGAGAGGUACGGGCGCCUCGAUGUCCUGGUCUACAACUCUGGCGCCAUCUGGUGGUCUUCGGUCGAAGACACGCCACCCAAGCGCUUCCAGCUGAUGCAGCGCGUGAACCCAGAGGGCCUUUACCUGACCCUCCACGCGGCGCUCCCGCACCUCAAGCACCGCGGUCGCGGCCGCGUCGUCGUCGUCAGCCCGCCCAUCUAUAGCCGCUUCUUCCGCGGCAAGACGGCCUACGCCAUGGGCAAGGUGAGCAUGAGCGUCCUGACCAAGGGCCUGGCCAUGGACUUUGCCCGGCAGGGGCUGGACGAGAUGGCCAUCACGAGCAUCUGGCCCGCCGUGGCCAUCGAGUCCGCCGCCACGCAGAAGUUCCAGGCCGCCGACCCGGGCGAGUCGAGGGACCUGCGCCGGCCGACCAUCUUCUCCGACGCCGUGCUCGCGAUCCUGCGCGCCCCGGCCGGCCGGGUCAACGGCGAGCUCGUGCUGGACGAGGACUUCCUGCGGGACCACGCCGGCGUCACCGACUUUUCAAAGUACGCUCUCGUCCCCGGCGCGCGGCCGCGGAGGAUCAUGCCGGCGGUGCUGCCGGACCUCACCGUGAGAGAGCAGGACGACGAGGGAAAGAGGUACGACAGCGCCAAGGCCAAGUUGUGA